AUGGUCGAUGUGAUCCCCAGCAGACGAAAAGUGAAAGGAUCCAGAAGAAGUGGUACUCUUCACUACUAUUUGAAAAAAGGAACAGAGAAAAAGAAGGUCUGCAAGAUGUUUUUGUCAACAUUAAAUGUAGGAGAAUGGAUGGUUAGACAGUACGCUAAAAAAGACAAUGGAAUGAACAUGCCUGCAGGAAAUAUACAAACUCCUGGUGGAAACAGAAAAAGUACAGAUGGUUCAAGAUUGGUUCUGAGAAAGUUUCUUUUAGACAUCCCUAAAAUGGAAUCGCAUUAUUGUCGUGCUAGAACAAAUAAGUUAUAUUUGGAGCCAGUUUUUAAAAAUAAAGCAGAAUUUUACAGAGAGUAUAAAAACUAUUGCCUAAGUAGUCAGAAAGGCUUUCUUUUAAUAACAGUGUUCAUAGAAUAG